CGCCGCCUCUCCUACCCAGCCAAGCGCGUCUCCGCUGCAAAACUCCACCUAACAACACCGCAAUGCAAUCUCCUCCUCCAGGCGAGGAAGGGAGCCAGAAGCGAUGAAAUUUCCAAUCGAGACGCCAAGGAAACAGGUGAACUGGGAUCCACAAGUGACUGUUCCAUCAGCUGUUCCCUCAGCUUGUGAGACUGAGACAAAUAAAACCAACGGGCACCAUCCAGCACCCCGACUCUCUAUUUCCUCCCCCCGGACAACUGUGAUUGCUAGCAUGGAAACCCCCUCACAGGGUUUGCAGACAGUCAUGAAGUGGAAAACAGUAGUGGCUAUCUUCUUUGUGGUUGUAGCCUACCUGAUCAGUGGAGGACUUGUGUUCCGUGCCCUGGAGCAGCCAGAAGAAAGCAGACAGAAGAUCAGAAUAGCCGAUGAUAAGGCCAGAUUCCUUCAGAAGCACAACUGUGUAUCUCCAGAGGAACUGGAGGCGUUGAUUCAGCGAGCCAUUAUCGCUACUAAUGCAGGAGUCAAUCCUGUAGGAACCUCUUCAAAUAGCAGCAGCCACUGGGACCUUGGAAGUGCCUUUUUCUUCGCUGGAACUGUCAUUACGACUAUAGGGUAUGGAAACAUUGCUCCAAGCACAGAGGGUGGAAAAAUCUUCUGCAUUUUGUAUGCCAUCUUUGGGAUUCCACUCUUUGGCUUUCUGCUGGCUGGCAUUGGAGACCAACUGGGGACCAUCUUUGGCAAGAGCAUCGCAAGAGUGGAAAAGGUUUUUCGAAAGAAACAAGUGAGCCAAACGAAGAUCCGGGUGAUCUCAACCAUUCUGUUCAUCCUGGCCGGUUGUAUCGUUUUUGUCACCAUUCCAGCAGUCAUUUUCAAAUACAUUGAACAAGAAUGGUCAGCUCUGGACUCCAUUUAUUUUGUGGUUGUCACCCUGACCACCGUUGGCUUUGGUGAUUUUGUGGCAGGAGGAAAUACUGAAAUCCAGUAUCGGGAGUGGUACAAGCCCCUGGUGUGGUUCUGGAUCCUGGUUGGCCUUGCCUAUUUUGCUGCUGUCCUUAGUAUGAUUGGAGACUGGCUACGGGUUCUUUCAAAGAAGACUAAAGAAGAGGUUGGUGAAAUAAAAGCCCAUGCAGCUGAAUGGAAAGCCAAUGUGACUGCAGAGUUCAGGGAAACACGGAGACGGCUGAGUGUGGAGAUCCACGACAAGCUUCAGCGGGCAGCCACCAUCCGGAGCAUGGAGCGCAGGCGUCUGGGGCUGGACCAGAGAGCUCACUCUUUGGAUAUGUUGUCUCCAGAGAAACGCUGUGUUUUUGCUGCCUUGGACAGUGGCCGCUUUAAGGCUUCAUCUCAGGAAAGCAUCAACAACAAACCGAACAACUUGCGCCUUAAAGGGACGGAACAGCUGAGCAAACAUGGGCAGGGGGCAUCAGAGGACAACAUUGUCAACAAAUUUGGCUCUUCUUCCAAGCUGACCAAAAGGAAAAACAAAGACCUGAAAAAGAGCAUCCCUGAAGACGUGCGGAAAAUUUACGAGACGUUCCGGAACUAUUCCUUGGAUGAAGAGAAGAAGGAGGAAGAUUCGGAGAAAGUGUGCAACUCAGAGCAUUCAAGUACUGCUGUUCUCACCAACUGCAUUGAACAGCACAUGGACCUGGAAAAUGGAAUGAUACCCACUGAAACCAAAGAAAGGGAACAUGAAAACAAAUCUUUACUUGAAGACAGAAAUUAAAUGUAAAAAACAAACAAACAUUCUUUGACUUUAAUGAACCAAUGUUAGUCUUUUAUACAUGUAUAAGAUAUAUAGAGAUAUAUGUAUCAAGACAUGUGCCUUAUACAAACUCCUAAUUCAAUCUGAAUUAACAUAGCAUCCAAGAAUAUUUCACUGUGCCAUAAUGACCGAAGCUUGCUCUGCCAAAAGAAAUCACAAAGACAACACAGGGGAAUGGCAUCUAAAGAUGGAAUAUUGACAAAAAUGUCAGCCCACAUAAUGAUUACCAUUGGGGAAAUACCAGCGCUGUGGUAAUGCAGCUGGAAAGGAGAUCACCAUGGCAGGAAUGUGUGACAGCAAAGUCUUUGAAGAGCAUUUUAGGAAACAAGGAAAGAAAGCAUCAAAGUACCUUUUCCAGUGGAUGGCCAAGUUUCUUGCUUCUUUCACUGCUGAAAUUGUUUUGGUUUUUUUUUCAUUAAAAGAGGCAAAAUAAUGGGGGGAACUGUCAGUUUUAAAAUAAGGCAGUGUUUAUGGUUUGGCAUGGCAUCCAAAUAUUGGUAGUUUUUUUCCCAUUUUGUAUUAAAAAUAUUAAAAAGAUGAAUUAGCUUUCAGUACCUCCACCCCACCCCACCCCAAAGAAUGUCCAUACACAAGGAGGCUACCAGGACAUGAGUUAAAGCAUCAACAAAGACAGAGCAGAUUAUUUUUUUCCAGAAAAAAAGAAAAGAAAUACAUGAAAACAACACAUUUGUGAAUAUUUAUCAUAACAAAUGAAAAAUAAAAAGAGGGGGGAAUGACAAAAAAUGCCUCCCCUACACUUGGAAGAAGAAUCCAUUAUAAACAGACAAUACACUGGAAGAAAACUGAGAUAGGAAAUAUAUUGAUACCCUUGUGCUUGGUUCGAUAAGCAGCGAGCCACUUGGAUUUUUUAAAAUGAAAUUUCACAUUCACACUUUGUAUCACUGAAGGAACUUCAGUUUUAAUGCUGUAAUACUCUGAAGACAGAAAGCAAAGCCUUUGCAUGAUGUCAACAGUUUGCUAUUCUCUGUAGCGGAAUUUGAAUUUUUAAAAAUAGACAUAACGUGCAUAUACUAUGUCAAGAUGAGGGGCGGGGCAAAUUUCAAAUCUCAGGGCUCGGUGUCCCUAUUUGGUGGGUUAGGUUUUAGGUAACAGAUGCAAACAACUCUCUCCAAAAUUCCAUGAAGUGGUGAUAAAAUUUAAUGGAAAGAUUUUAAGUGCUUAUAGCUUUAAGUGCCAUUAAUACCAUCAUAUUGUGCAACUAUUUAAUCACUAUGCUUAAUAUGUUUCUUUGAAUUUUUC